AUGUUUAGUCGAAAAUUUAGUGAAUAUCAUGAGACGAUCGCAAGAUGUGCCGAUAAACGAAUUCAAACAUUGAGUGAAAUGAUAAAUGGAUGUUAUGCUGUUAAAAUGAACAAUUGGGAGGAACCCGUCGAGAAACAAGUCGAUUCAAUGCGUCAACAAGAAUUCGAUGCCAUUCGAAAGGCAUCUCGUAUGCGUGCGAUGAAUAUGGAAUUGUUCUUUGCAUUAAUGCCUUUGAUCACAUUGGCAACAUUAGUUGGUGUUUGGUUAACACAUGAUCAAUCUGUUAUAACGGGUCAAAUUCUCAUUGAUGAUGUAGAUAUCAGUCGUAUUAGUCUGAAACAUCUUCGGUCUCAUCUGAGUGUUAUUCCUCAACAAGCAGCACUCUUCAGUGGCUCUCUUCGAUCAAAUCUUGAUCCGUUCAAUCAUUAUUCAGAUGAACAAUGUUGGAAGGCACUCGAAGCUGUACAAUUCAAAACGUUUGUCGCAAGUCAUUCCGAUGGUCUUUUCUUGCCCAUCGCUGAAUCAGGCAUCAAUCUGAGUGCAGGACAACGUCAAUUGAUUUGUGCCACACGAGCCAUCCUUAAGCAAAGCAAAAUCUUGUUGAUCGAUGAAGCAACGGCUAAUGUCGAUCCAGAAACGGAUCAUGUCAUUCAACAAUUAAUCAUUCAUCAAUUUCAAGAUCGAACUGUCUUGACUAUUGCUCAUCGAAUCAAUACAGUGAUUCAGAGUGAUCGUAUCCUUGUUUUGAACAAAGGCCAAGUGGAAAGCUUCGAUGUACCUCAAAACAUUUUGCAUCAAUAUCAAUGA